CGGUAGACGGCCAGUCUUCCCGCAGAUCGCAAGCCGCGUGGGCAGCAGUCUACGAGCCCGAUACGCGAUCGAUCGAUCCUCCUUCGAUACCGAUCUUCGACCGGCCGCCGCGCCGUCCUCGCCCUCGUCCUUCGCGCUCUCCGGAAUUUAAGAGAGCGGUAUCCGUCCCGCACAUCCGGAUGCUUCGGAAUCGUCCUCUGGUGAUCAGGGGGUUCGCGACAGAAUCGUGAGAGAGAGAGAGAGAGAGAGAGAGAGAGAGAGAGAAAGAGAGGGAGGGAGGGAGAAAGAGAGAGAGAGACACGAUCGGUUCCUCCUUCUUCUCGGUAACUGCUUGUAUCGGCGCCUCGCUCAUCCGUUUGUAAUCCGCUCGGUAAUCGAUAUCGAUAUGCGCGUACAAAGCACGAGGGGACGAUGGACCGUCCUCGCUGGUUUCGCCAUAGUUUGCAUGGCUAAUUUGCGAUUAGCUUUCUGCGAGGAGGAAUCGGAGAACGAAGGAAAAAUGCAUUCGGAGGAGCUGCGACAGUACACGUGCUGUGCCCGACACGAGAAGAUGAUCGACGUCGGAAACGGGAUAUCUGGGGAAGUUAUUCAGAUCGACGCUGGACUCUGUCGGAAAUUGUGCCCGCGACACGUGUCCGACGAUCCCGGGGAUGCGAGUCGGCCGGCGGUGCAGAAAUGUUCAUCGGAUUCCCACUGUCGCGUGAGGGCCGCUAAGCUCGAGCGAGUGUCUACGUUGCAGGGUGUUCGCGUUAUCGAAGUUAUAGACGCCUGUGAGUGUUCACCGGAGUCGUCCUGCAGGCGGGAAUCCUACACCCAUCAUGUACAUUCUGGUACGCCGCACCAGGCUGUCGUGGACGUCGGGGUUUGCAUCGGCCAUUGCGGCAAAGAUCUGGGUUGCAAGCCGGUCCGGAAUAACACAAUCAGCAUCAAAGGACCAAACGGUGAUGAAAUCUAUCAAGUGGUCGAGAAAUGCGGCUGCGCAGGUCAUUGUCACCGGAUGGAUCAUAUGGAAACUGUGCUGGAUUACAGCGAGGUGACGAUUGAGGAGGGCACGAACACGACCGACGUGAGGCCUGUGGUCCGACAAAUAAACGUCGGUCAAUGCGUCGGAACGUGUCCGGGGAACGAAACGGAGACGUGUCUUCUGCGGGACAAGAAGGAGCCGUCCAGGUGUGUAGCCGGUCUGUAUUCGAAGCAGCACACUUGCACACCAGCCAGAUUCAAAGUGCACGAGUACAGAACUCGGCGAGGAGCGAAGAGAGAAAUAAUUCAGAUCACUCAGUGUGCCUGCGUUUAGACUGAAAUUAUUAUUUCACCGCGAGUGAUCCUGUUCGAGCCGAAAUCCGGGACGAGAAAACGAGAGAAAAGAAAAGCAAGACUCUCCGAGAGAAAAAAGAGUGAGAAAGAGACGACGUGUUAGGCACAUUUUGCGCGUACACUCAUGUUCCUAGGUACAUCAUGUACAAAUCCAUGUGACAAAAUAAAUCAAGGAUGUUUUCACGAUUA